GCUGGCUAAGUUAAGACCAGUGCAAUGCAGACAGCCACCCCCCACACUGUGAGCCAGCAGCAGCAGCAGCAGUCCCUCCCCAGCAGGGUCGGUAGGGAGUCUGUGCUGCUAAAUGUUCAACGUCAGAGGGACGAUGGUGGAGGGCUGGUAAAGAUGGCGGCGCUCUCCGAGGAUGGGAGGUAUGGAUUGAAUUGUGGCCGACAGAGCGCAGACAGAGUCACCGUUUUGCACGUAAAAUUGACAGAGACAGCACUGAGAGCGAUAGAGAGCUACCAAAAUUGUAAGAAUGUACCUUCUUUGCGGCCAACGAUACAAUUCAAGGGACUCCAAGGUCGCAUUAAAAUUCCCAGGACCGAUUCUUCCGCAGACACCUUCCACAAUUUUGACUUUUACUUGUCUAACGUGGGCAAGGACAACCCUCAGGGAAGCUUUGAGUGUAUCCAGCAGUAUGCCACAAGCUCGGGAGCCUCACACCUGGCAUCACUGGGGACGGUACAGAACAAGGUCACAGUAUGCGCCACCAAUGACUCCUACCAGGUGACCCGGGAGCGCAUGACCCAGGCUGUGGAGGACACACGUGAACGUGGGACCAAAGUCAUCAAGCCUGGGGGCCAGUAUAGAGGAAAGCAAGUGCAGGUCCGGAAGCCAGCGCCAUCAGCCCCAGAGGUGGUCCCGGAGCGCAAGCGAUCCACACCCAUCAACCCAGCCAACACCAUCCGCAAGUGCCUUGCCAACAACCCUGUGUCCCAGCGGCCAUACCGGGACCGUGUCAUCCACCUGCUGGCACUUAGGUCUUACAAAAAGCUUGAGGUGCUGGCCAGGUUACAGCGGGAUGGGAUCAGCCAGAAGGACCGCAGCUCUCUUGGUACCACCCUGCAGCAGGUGGCAAAUCUGAAUCCCAAAGACAACUCCUACUCACUGAAGGACUUCAUUUACCGUGAGGUCCAGAGGGACUGGCCUGGCUACUCUGAAGAUGAGAAGGCCCAGGUUGACAGGAUCCUGGCACGCAAAUUGGGUCUUCCUACUGAGGCACUUUCAUCAAGCAGUUCUCUUAAAGAUAACGUCUCCACAUCCCCACAGAAGCGCCAAGCAGAGUUUGACUUCAUUGAUCCUCUGGCACCCAAGAAGGCCCGCAUCUCCCAUCUCAGCAGUCGAGGGUCAGCUGCAUCCUCAUCCUCAUCAUCCUCUGACCGCCGAGAAGAUGAGGGCAGCCACAGCUCUAAGUGCUCACUACUACCCUCCAGCGUCACCUCGGCCCCUCCCUCUCACCUCCCCAUUUCCUCCCACCCUCCUGCCCCCUCUCACCAGCAGCCCAGCCCAGCCUCCAACUCCAACUCGCCCAGCACCCCUGAGGGCCGUGGUACCCAGGACCUGCCCCUGGACCAGAGCUCCUCCUGCAGGGACCCUUCGCCCAGCCCCACCCGCAGCCCCCCCUCAUCCAAUCGAACCUCACAGGAUCGUUACCGGCCCCCUGCGCCAAUCCCCAGACCACGCACCUCCCCCAGCCCCCCUCCUCACACCUCCCUCACAGUUACCUCCACUGUCCUCAGCAGCCCUCCCUCGUCCAAUAAUAUUAGCAAAAAGUCCAAGAAGAAGUCCAAGAAGCACAAAGAGAAGGACCGGGAGAGGGAGAAGGAGAAACGGAGGGACAAAAGCAGCUGUAGCCCUCCUAGUGUAGCAGACCAGGCUGAGGAGAGUCAUAGACCCAGAAAGAGGCACAGUGCUGAGGAAAAGGAGAAAGAGGUUAUCACUAAGACUCCCCAAAAAGACCAAGACUCUUCAGACAAAGAGAAGCCAGUCCACUCCACAGACUUCUCUUCCACUGCUGAGAUGCCAGACUAUGUAGUGAAGUACACUCCGUUGGUAUCCAUGGACCAGCGGCAGAGCUACAAGGAUGACUUCAAUGCAGAGUACGAUGAGUACCGCCUCCUGCACGCCCGUGUGGAAACCAUCACACGCCGCUUUACCCAGCUGGAUGCCCGGUGUCGGAAAUUGACACGCGGCACUAAAGAGUACCAGAAGGUACAUGAAGAAGUCCUGAAAGAAUACAAGAAGAUAAAACAACAUAGUCCCAACUACCACGAGGAGAAACAGCGCUGCGAGUACCUGCACAACAAGUUGGCCCACAUCAAGAGGCUGAUAGCUGACUUUGACCAGCGCAAGGCCCAGGCCUGGUGCUAAGAGCACAGCACAGCCUGCCAGGCCUCCCCGUACAUCUUUAUGAAUCAGUAUUGAGAGCGGAGUGUCGAACCAGGAGGGGGUAUCCAACUGGCUCUUAUUUAUUUGUACCCCCUCUGUUACUGCCUCCACUGCAACCUUCCUUUUUCCUUCCUUCCCCUUUCCCUUUGCCCUUCUUCAUUCCUUCCUUCUUUCCUACCUUUUUGAUUCCACAGGCUCCGUUGUUGCCUGAAGUCUCGAAAUUCUUACUUUAACUUUAUCCCCCACCCCCUUUUUUCCUCAAUGGUUUUACCCAAAGCUCCUCUGGAAUUCCACACCACUGGACCAGUGGAAGGAGCUACCUGCAUGUGUGAAGGGGUUUGGGGAAAAACUUAACUCUUCUAAUCUGUUGAAGGACUUUAUCUCAAGACAAAAAAAGAACAAAAAAAUGAGGUAUUUUUGAGCAGCAGAGAAAAUAUUAACAUGUAUUUAAGUAAAAAGAAAAAAGAGGGAGAUCUAUUUAUUUUGGGACUCAUAGUACAAAGGAAGAGUCCGCAGAUGAUUUAUUGUUUAAAAAAGAAAAGUUUAACUUUUUGUCAAAAACAAUGCAAAAAAUUACCAUGGGCCUUAUGUGUUUGACUCUCUGAAGCCAUUUUGCACGCAAGAUCCAUAUGUCAUCUCAGUUGGCUAUGAUGGCUCUCCGGCCUCAUUUCCUCCCCUUUCUUUCUCACUACAAAACUGUACUGGAUAACUUUGCUCCAACACUUUGCUGUCUGCUGUGCUGAGUUAUAAUCCGAAAAGGAAGGAAAUGAGACCAGCAGAAAUUGUCACUUGAGCUGAUUGAGACACAAAAACAGUAUGUGUGCAUGGAUUGUAAUUUUAGUUGUAAUGGCCAUGUGGGUUGGUGAGGGUGGGGUAACUAAAGGAGUAUGUUCCCCUGUCAGUAGGGGGCAGUAUUCCCAGCACCACCAGUGUUUAAUGUUCAUGGUGCAUUAUGGGUGCCUUAAGGAGUUUACACUCGAAUGUCGAGUUGGGCAGACCCUUAGGGUCCCCGAGGCCACACGGAGGAACUACCGCUGCCUGACAACAGGCUGUUUGUUUGUGCGUGCGUGCGUGCGUGCGUGUGUGUGUGUGUGUCUGUGUGUCUGUGUCUGAAGGGUGGAGGAAGGAACGAAGUGUUAAGUCUGGGUGGUGUCCGAGUGUUACAAAGUGUAUGUGUGUGUGUGUGUGUGUGUGUGUGUGUAUUUGCAUGAUUGCGCGUUAAAAGGAGUGACAGGUGAAAAGACGAAAAAAAAAAAAAAACACAAACGUGGAAAAAAAAAAGUGAGAAAAUGAAAAAGAAAAAAAAGCUGCUAGUGUUUGUUUGACCAGCCAGAGCACUCAGGAUCAACCUGGCUGGAGUAACAGAACCUGUUCUUAAUUGAGGGGAGUAGGAGGGUCUUUUGGUUUUUUUCAGAGUGGCUCAUCUCUAAACUCUGGAAAGGACUGCACCCAUCUCUUCAGCUUUAUCCAAUGGCAAACAGUCUUUUUUUUCUGUUUUGACAAGAAGCAGAAUAUAUAUCAUUCACCAGAGGACAAAUCUGUAUUACCAUGAUAAAUGUAUUUAAUUCUAAGUUUGAGUUCUGCCUUGGUGGCAGAGCAGCCGAGGAAUUCAGAAUGACAUUGUUUUCCAACAUUAAUGCUGAUUUAGUUUGAUGGAUGGAUGAAUGGGUUCUAUGAAAAAAAACAAGAAUAUAUUUUUGAGUCUUUAUUUCAACAAGGGAAAAAUUAUGUUUACAAACCUGUGUUAGAAUGUUUGCCAAAAAUUAAAAUACUUUUCCGGUUUUGCAUUCAUGGGUUAAAAAAAAAUUGUGAUUGGUCUUAAUUCUUGGGAGACACCAGACACUGAUACUGGGAUAUGUGCUCCCGUCCCUCAAAAAUAAGUUCAGUACUGCUGCGUCAGAAACUGAGAAGAACUUCUUCCCUUUCUCCUUAGAAAGAUCAAAAAGUGAAGUGUGUUUAGGCUCCAUUGUUGCAGUGACCCUUUCUCAGCAAUUUGGUGUCAUACAUAUCCACAUAGACUUGGACAUGUUAAAGGUAAAUGUCCUGUAUCUGAUUUUAAAUGGGGCACCUUUUUUUUUUCUUAAGGAGAUGGAAUCAAGAUUAUCCAGCUGUUUUCAACCUUUCAUUUGGUUGUCAUUCUGUCAAAUAGCCAGUCUCUGCAGUGGACUGGUUGUUGUGGUGGGUUGUCAGAACCAAACAAGCAUGAAUACAGAUUCUCCUCAUCACAGAUUACUAAUUUCAGCCAGUGAGAAGCCCCUGCAUUAUCAGAAAAUGAAAAUCUCUCAAAGUUAAUUCUGGACAUGCUGCCAGCACUGGUGUCUCGGAGGUGUCACAACAUGAGAAUCAAACACGAGAAGAAAAUAUCCACAAGAGUUUAGGCUGCACUCCCCCAGUGUAAGUUUACACUUUCUCAACUGCGGAUAUAUAGGGUCACUGUUUUGGUUUAUUUUUCCUGCCCUCCAUUGCAACAGUCGUUUCCCAGAACUUGAGUCAUAAAGGGCUAGCACACCAGCCAAAUGCAUGCAGGAGGCCGGGGCUUUACACACAGAUCCCAAGGUUUUGUGCAUCACUCGCCUCCUCCUCCCAGCCUCCCACUUUUCAAAAACUGGGCACCAAUGUAGCGUUAGUGCUGCUAAGCCCUUCUUCCUACCAACCCCCUGGGGAAGCAUGAAGCACAUGCUAAUCGUUAAUCGCUCUCAUAUGGCAGCUCAAGGGAUGGCUGUCCCCGCCGCGACCCUGCAGGGCUUGCUAGCGCUGAUCUCAGCAGUGUUAGCAGAGACACUGGUUCAUAGCAGAUUUACUUAAAGGGGGUCUUAGCAACAUGGCAGGGCUGCAAGUGACUCAUCACAGUGGGAGGAGGCAGGAAAGGGUUUUGAGCAACUGAAGAGUCUUAAUGAGAAAAUUGCAAACAAAGGUUUAAAAAAAAAAAAUGCUUUGCAAAUGUUUUGAUAAGAGACCACUGAAAAUUAAGUGAAUUUUGAGUGAA